CGCCACCUUCCGUUCAGCAGUCCCCUGCUCUCGGCAAGCUCUCUCUUUCCCAAAGUCAAGCCCAAGGCAGUAGCGCAGACUGGCUGGACCCUCACUAUGAAGAAGGGUGACGAUCUCGAGCGCUUGGAGCUCCUCUCGCUCACCUCCAAGAUUUCAAACGAGUUCCUCAACCAUCUCGGACGAGAUGAUGCACGAAACGAUCGGCUCGCGGCUGAGUUCGCCAUUUCGCUCCAUGAGGAGUCCAAGGACCUUAACGACUUCAGAUCCAAGCUCGGCAGCUUCGGCGCAGAAUUUCCUGCCAGCUUUGUCGACAACAUUGACCGCCUGAUCCGCACGAUGCACCCAAAAUACCGAAGCAAGUCAAAGGACUCUGCAAAGCCUUCCAGCCGACCCCCCAAGGAUUCGUCGUCGAGGCCUGAAAAGCGCUCCGCCGACGUCGCUAAUGGCGACUGGGAUGAUGUGGACCGCAAGAUGCGAAAAAUGCAGCGCGAUGUUCCGUCUUACGUCGACGCUUCCGCACGACGAGACGCUUCGAGGCGAAGCGACGUACCCUCACGCCGUGAUAUCCGCGACACACCGGGCAACUAUAAACGCCAGAGCUACAGAUCCAGGUCCCCUCGUCGCAACGCACCGAUGGAAGAGACAUCCAGUCGCAGCUCCGGAAAGCGGCUGACCAGCCCAGAGCGGUGGAACAUCAAGCAGCUCAUCGCGUCCGGCGUUGCACAAGCCAGCGACUUUCCCGAGUUGAUGGAAGAGCAGGAGUUUGCCACGCCGUCCACGAGUCGCAAAGUGAUCAAUCCCGACGAGGAAAUCGACAUCGAGGUCAACGAGAAGAAGGCGCCGUUCCUUGCUGGGCACGAGGCAUCCUCGCUCGAGCUGUCCCCCGUCAAGAUCGUAAAGGCACCAGACGGUGCGCUCAACCGUGCCGCGCUGGAGGGUGCCAGUUUAGCCAAGGAGCGGAGGGAUCUUCGGCAGCAGGAAAUUCAGGAGCAAGCAGAUGCAGAGACACGCGAUAUGACCUCGGGAUGGCAAGAUCCAAUGGCGCAGCAGCACGAGCGCAAAUUCGCGCAAGACCUUCGCGGUGCCACAGCGGGGCAGAGAGCGCGAGACUUGCCUGCGUGGAGAAAGGAGACGAUUGACAAAUUGGCUCCGCUCGGUAGAGCCACAAAGCUUAGCAUGACAGAGCAGCGCGAGAGCCUUCCCAUCUUCAAACUGCGUCAGCAGCUGGUGCAGGCCAUCCGCGACAACCAGGUCCUCGUUGUCGUCGGUGACACAGGCUCGGGAAAGACUACGCAAAUGACACAGUACCUGGCCGAAGAAGGAUUUGCGGACCGAGGCAAGAUCGGCUGCACGCAGCCCAGGCGUGUGGCUGCUGUCAGUGUCGCAAAGCGCGUAGCCGAGGAAGUUGGCUGCCGAGUCGGACAAGAGGUGGGCUACACGAUUCGCUUCGAGGACUGUACCAGUCCAGAGACGCGCAUCAAGUACAUGACCGACGGUAUGCUUCAGCGAGAGUGCCUGAUUGACUCGGACGCCUCCAACUACUCGGUCAUCAUCCUCGACGAGGCGCACGAGCGCACGAUUGCUACAGACGUUCUGUUCGGCUUGCUCAAAAAGACGCUCAAACGUCGACCAGAUCUCAAACUCAUCGUAACCUCUGCCACGCUCGACGCCGAGAAGUUCUCAAACUACUUCUUCGAAUGCCCGAUCUUCACCAUUCCGGGACGAACGUACCCGGUCGAGGUCCUGUACACGAAGGAGCCAGAGCCCGACUACCUCGAUGCGUCUCUCAUCACUGUGAUGCAGAUCCAUCUCUCGGAGCCCCAAGGUGACAUUCUUGUCUUUUUGACCGGUCAGGAGGAGAUCGAUACGAGCUGCGAGAUUCUCUAUGAGCGCAUGAAGGCCCUUGGUCCAAGUGUACCCGAGCUCAUUAUCUUACCGGUCUACUCUGCCCUGCCGUCAGAGAUGCAGUCGCGCAUCUUCGAGCCAGCACCUCCUGGUGCGAGAAAGGUCGUCUUGGCCACAAACAUCGCCGAAACGAGCAUCACCAUCGAUGGUGUCUACUACGUCAUUGACCCUGGCUUUGUCAAGCAGAAUGCCUACGACGCGCGUCUCGGCAUGGACAGCCUCGUUGUCACGCCCAUCUCGCAGGCACAAGCUCGACAGCGCUCUGGCCGAGCAGGCCGCACUGGGCCUGGCAAAUGCUACCGCCUUUACACCGAGGCGGCCUAUCGUAACGAGAUGCUGCCGAACUCCAUUCCGGAUAUUCAGCGGCAAAACUUGGCCUCGACCAUCCUGAUGCUCAAGGCUAUGGGCAUCAACGACCUCCUCAACUUCGACUUCAUGGAUCCACCAGCCAACCAGACGCUCCUCACAGCCCUCGAAACCCUCUAUGCGUUGUCUGCUCUCGACGAUGAAGGCCUGCUCACACGACUGGGACGCAAGAUGGCCGACUUCCCGAUGGAACCGCAGCUUGCCAAGACCCUUAUUGCUUCGGUCGAUUUCGGCUGUUCGGAAGAGAUCCUUACCAUCGUCGCUAUGCUCAGCGUCCAGAACGUCUUUAGUCGACCAAAGGAACAACAGGCACAGGCAGAUGCCAGGAAGGCCCAGCUUUCUCACGUCGAUGGCGAUCACCUGACGCUUCUAAACGUCUACAAAGGGUGGUCCGCCAGCGGCUAUGCAGACUCCUGGUGCAGUGCAAACUUUGUCCAGAGCAGAAGCCUCCGAAGAGCGCAGGACGUCCGCAAGCAGUUGUUGGGUAUCAUGGAUCGCUACCAGCACGAUGUCAUCUCCUGCGGAAAGGAUUUGAACCGAGUUCGCAAAGCACUUGUAGCUGGCUUCUUCCGCAACGCUGCCAAGAGGGAUCCGCAGGAAGGGUACAAGUGUCUUGCCGAGGGCGGGCAGACUAUCUACAUCCACCCUUCGUCGGCGCUCUUCAACAAGCCGCCGGACGUGCUCAUCUACCACGAAGUCGUCAUGAGCUCCAAGGAAUGGGCAAGGGAGGUGACGGCCAUCGACCCCGAAUGGCUCGUCCAGCUCGCCCCUCGAUUUUUCAGGCGGGCCAAUGUCGCGACCAUCUCCAAGAGGAAAAAGGCAGAGAAGAUUCAGCCUCUCUUCGACCGAUACGCCACAUCACAGGACGACUGGAGGCUGUCGAAGCAGAAGAGAGCGCCAAGGGCUUCACAGACGUUUGGCUAAGAUGUCCUGUGCUGCCCUGUAUUUUAUUAGCCAAUUGUACAGUACAAUACAUCACGAAAGCCAUCCCGAGGGACGGCAAUCGUUGCCAGUCCUCUAGCAAUAUUUCGUAAUUACCAAUGUUACAGUCAGCUCUUUAGUCUACCAGAACCUGUCUGAAUGGAAGACAAGCCGAGGAUG